GGUGCGCUCCGACGACGGGCCCCAGCGAACAACCAUUGCCUCGAUCACCACCGUGACCACCCCGUCGCCCCAUCUGCGAGCUCCCCCACCUUCCACUCUAAUAGCCAAACCUUGGUGUCUCAGGUCAGGCUCCGUUGGCCUUGUCCAUGACCUCACCCCUCUCGACUGUCUCCGUGGAGGACUACGUAUCGAAGGUGCCACGACCACGAGGCACGAGCAGGUUGCGGUCAAUCACCAUUCUCCGCCGCGGCACAAUGCGCGCGGUUGCAAGGUUUGAUGAAUCCAGGACCAGCAAAUCUUGCAUCUGUCAAGUGCCAGAAGAAAGAACUACUGAAAAAAGUCGAUGUGGAUAUACAGAUCUUUCUUGGCUCGAAUUAUCUGGUUCGACCUCUUUUGCGGAAGGGGCUGCGACCUGCGAGUGAGGGCCACAGACUAUUCAGCAGCGGUUGUCUUCAUUCAGUAUGCGGGAAAAGAAAACAAUCCGGUCAUUGAUGCGUGCUUCUGUGGAGCAGAAUGUAACAAGUUCUUCCACGGCGGUCCUUCGGGGAAUCUGCUCCACAAUCUGGCCAAGCAUGGGCUAUUUUCUUUGGAACAAUCAACGAGAUCAACCAGACUAUAUAUCCAUGUAUCCAAUGUAUGUGUGCUUUGGACCCUCGCCUACACCAGACCUGCACGCUAUGAGCCUUCUCCUAGCCUUGGGGCAGUUGCUCUUGCUGCUUGCCUUGCCACACCUUUAUUGUGCCUCAAAUUCUACGCAGUCGCCACUAGAUCGGCAGGCUGAGGCACUUCUCAAGUGGAAAUCUGGCCUACUAGAAGGAGGGAGCUCUUGUCUGGACUCAUGGACAAAGGAAACCAGUCCAUGUAACUGGACUGGGGUUGACUGCAGCACCACAGGGCCCCGUGGCCGCUACCAGGGUGAUCGUGUCCCAGUUGUGUCAAAUAUUUCGGUUUCGAUGUGUGGCUCACCUUUAAAUGGCACGUUGGACAGGCUCCACUUUGCGGAGUUCCCCCAUCUUCUGUAUCUGGACCUCAGAGGCAACUCUCUCUCAGGCACAAUCCCGUCAUCCACUUGGAGUCUCUCCGAGCUCGUGUUCUUGGAUCUAUCCUACAACGGCCUCAAUGGAUCUAUCCCACCAUCCAUAGGCUUGCCUCAUCUUGCCCAUCUCGGCCUCAGUAAUAACGCUAUCUCUGGCCGAAUCCCAUCAAAUAUUGGUGCUCUUGCAAAGCUCGAAUACUUGGAUCUAUCCUUUAAUCAUCUUGAUGGAUCUAUCCCACCAUCUAUAGGCUUGCCUCAUCUUGCCUAUCUCGACCUCAGUCACAACUCUCUCUCGGGCUCAAUCCCGUCAUCCAUUGGUGGCCUUGCCGAGCUCGUGUACUUGGAUCUAUCCGACAAUGACCUCAGUGGAUCCAUCCCACGAUUCAUAGGCUUGCGUCAUCUUGUCCAUCUGGACCUCAUGGGCAACGCUAUCUCUGGCCGAAUUCCAUCAAACAUUGGUGCUCUUGCAAAGCUUGAAUACUUGGAUCUAUCCUUUAAUCUUCUUGAUGGAUCUAUCCCACCAUCUAUAGGGGAAAUACCACAAGAACUUGGGCAUCUUACCGGCCUACAUGAGCUGGAUUUGAGUAGAAAUGCUCUAAGUGGUGCUAUCCCAGUGAAUCUUUCUAUGCUAUACAAUCUGCGCAACCUGAAUUUAUCAUAUAACAGUUUGACUGGCAGAGUUUGGUAUACAUCUAUCCCUGCAGCAGUGACCAUUCUUUCACUUGAUCAUAAUAUGGCUUUAUGCGGCGAGUCACAAUAUAACUUGACUCCAUGUGAAUCACCAAAGGUUGGUAGCAAACAAGAAAGCAUUAAACGCCCAAAUUUGAUGUUACUUCUUGCUUUUGUUACUCCCUUUUCCUUCGGUUGCCUAAUAAUAGCAAGCAUCGUGGUUGUUCGCCGGAGAACAAAAUCAAUAAAAAGUAGCAGCAAAAUCAAGUCUGGAAAUAUAUUUUCCAUAUGGAACUUCGAUGGGAAGAUCGCAUUCGAAGACAUAAUCAGUGCAAUAGAAGAUUUCGAUGAGAAAUACUGCAUUGGCGUUGGGGGAUAUGGAUCUGUCUUCAAGGUUGAGCUUGACAGCGGGGUUAUCUUUGCCGUCAAACUCCUCCACUUAAUGGAAGAAUACAGUGACGAGGGAACAUUUCAUGCCGAGAUUGAAGUGCUGACGAAAAUCAGGCACCGAUGCAUAGUCAAACUGUAUGGCUUCUGUUCCCAUUCCCACUGCAAAUUCCUUGUGUAUGAUCUUAUCGAGAGGGGAAGUUUAUCAUCCAUUCUGCACGAGCAAGAGCUAGCAAAGGAGCUGGAUUGGCCCAGGAGAGUCGCUGUUGUCAGGGACGUAGCUCAAGCUCUCUCCUACUUGCACCAUGAUUGUGAUGAUCCGAUUGUGCAUCGUGACAUAAAAAGCAGCAAUAUUCUUCUGGACCUCGAUUACAAAGCUUAUGUCUCGGACUUUGGCAUGGCGAGGAAGAUCAAGAACGGUUACUCAAGCUGGAGCACUAUCUUUGCAGGUACAUGUGGGUACAUAGCCCCAGAAUUAUCAUCCACUAUGGUGUUAACUGAGAAGUGUGAUGUGUACAGCUUCGGCGUGGUUGCGCUGAAAGUUGUUAUGGGAAAGCACCCAGGUGAUCUACUCCUCCCGUUCUUUUGCCGAACAGAGCAGCCGGCAAAGCUCAAGGACGUCCUGGAUCAACGCAUUGCAUCACCGUCGAGCAUCGACGAGGAGAAGGCUGUCAUUUUGGUUGCUCUGUUGGCUUUUGCUUGCCUGCAAGUCAACCCAAAAGCCCGGCCGACAAUGCAGCAGGUAUAUCAAGCGCUCUCAAAUAGAAGACACAUAUCGCUCAGGCCCCUUCAUGAAAUCAGGCUGCAAGAUUUGCAUGAUUACUGUGGCGGCAUAAAGAGUAUCUGAAGCUGCAUAUAUGAUCUCCUGGGUUGGCAGUUAUAUAUUUGGCCUCAAUUUUUUUAAUCUCAUUUCCAUAUUUGUGAGUACAGACUGAUAAGCAAUAAGCAAAAUAUCUCUGCAUGUCGAUUCAAUGUAUUUUUCACUAUUGGAUACAAAAAUAUAACGUCCCCUUUAUGUCUAUAUCUUCAUUCAGCUAUUGGUGCCAAACUACAUGUUAAAUGUAAACAUGAUGGUUUUGAGUGGGUAUUGGUGCCUGUCUAUGGUGCUGCUCAAGAUGCCCAUAAAGCAGAAUUUCUAGCUGAACUAGCCAGAAUGGGCGAUUCGGGAUCCAUACCUUCCCUCAUUGGAGGAGAUUUUAAUAUAUUGAGAAGAAAAGAGGACAAGAAUAAUGAUAAUUUUAAGCCGCAUUGGCCUUUCA